AAAACUAAAUCCGGUUCAAGCGUGUUAUUUAUCCGAUUGUGAUUGGUUCGCAAUGUUUGCUGCAAGGUCAACGAGACAACUAAGCAAUCUUAUCAGUUGUAACGUGGUUUUUCGACGAACUAUUAGCAAAAGUUGCCAAGCAGCCAUGCCAAUCAAGGUUGGAGAUAAGUUGCCCGCAGUUGAUCUGUUUGAGAAUGAUCCUGGAACUAAAGUAAAUUCUGGAGAAGUUUUUGCUAAAGGAAAGCAUGUGAUAUUGGCAGUACCCGGUGCUUUUACACCUGGAUGUUCUCAGACUCAUUUACCAGGUUAUGUAUCAAACUUUGACAAGAUGAAAUCAAAAGGUGUAACCUCCGUAGCAUGCAUUUCUGUUAAUGAUCCAUUUGUAAUGGGGGCAUGGGGCAAAGAACAAAAAGCUGAUGGCAAGGUUAGAAUGUUGGCAGACACAUGUGGAGAGUUUACAAAGGCUGUAGACUUGGAAGUUGAUUUGAGUGGUCCAUUAGGAAGCAAGAGAUCUAAGAGAUAUUCAAUGGUAGUGAACGAUGGUGUAGUAACAGCACUCAACAUUGAACCAGACGGAACAGGUCUAACUUGCAGUCUUGCCCCAGAAGUUCUCAAACAAGUCUAGUCUGAAUGAACAGUUGUGUGUAGUGCAUUAAUAGAUUUACCUUUUAUAGACAUGAAUCUGUACGCAUGGAUUUGCAUAGACCUUGGAUUUGAAUAAACCAAGGUUUUAUGAUAUCCGUUCUGCUAUAUUAGACAAAUAAUUCAAGCCACAAAAAAUUAACUUUUGUGUUUUCUUUGCAGAUACUCAAUGUUAAAAAUUUUAUUUAAUAGAUAAGGAGAUGUCAGAAAACCAAAGAGUUACUAUUGGGUAGCUAUUUUUUACAAUACUCUUGCAUCAGAGAUAUAAAGAGUUACUAUUGUGUAGCUAUUUUUACAAUACUCUUGCUAAUGCAAAGAGCUUUUUGAAACUAAUCGAGAUUUGCAUUUUUUAUAACAAGAAUCAAUUUAGAGGGGCAUGCUUUUUUUCUGGGAUAAUUUUAUGUGUAGUCAUGUUUUUAUGCACAAUGCUUUCUAUUAUUGGUUUAUAAUUUUCAUUUACAUCAUAUUUUGAGAUCAAAAGCUUGAAGUUUAUUUGCAAAUUUUGCCAUAUUGUUAAGUUUGUUUCAUUUUAUAAAUUAUUUGCCAGAAGGUGCUUUAUUGAUAUCAGCAUUUCUACCAUUCCAUUUUUAUAGACCUGUAUCUAAUAUUUGAUGAAAUUUGUGUUAAAAAUAAAUUCAAACCUUAAAUCUAAGUAAUUUUAUCAGUCAAAGUCUCUUUUGCUAUUGCACAGCUUUAAAUGUACCUUAAAAACUGAAAUAGCAUUGUAGUUACUGGUUGUUUAUCUUAUUUCAAAGUUUUGAAAAAUUAUAUGGUAAAAUUUAAUGUUUACAUGUGAUUAUUUGUUCUCAUAUUUAGUAAAAUAAGUGAAAUAAAGGUUUUAUAAUCAAA